CUACGAACUCAAUUCACUGAGCAAGCUAAAUGUUUGGACGCCAAGCUUGACAUCGACUCCACUGUCCUCCUGGAACUGCAGGAGUUCUAUAGACGCCGAGCAGUUGUUGAACAGGAUUAUGCUGACGCCCUAGCCAAAUUGGCUAAUGGCUUACGGCAAAAGCACGUCAACGAGACUUCUAAGUAA